UUUGUGGGCGUCUCUAAAUGUGAUUGCGUAUGUUUUGGCAUUGUGUGGCGUAAAUUUUAGUGCAGACUACAGAAGUGUGUGUGUGUGUGUGUGUGUGUGUGUGUGUGUGAGAGAGAGAGAGAGAGAGAGAGAGAGAGAGAGAGAGAGAGAGAGAGAGAGAGAGAGAGGGAGGGGAUAAUUGGAAGUCGUGAUCUGUCUCUUCAGAACCCUCCUCCCGUACGGAAUAGCAGACUCAUAUAAAUUUGUUUGUCCCAAGAUCCAGACCAAGAAGUGCAUCAGUAUCCUGGCAUUAGGCACUUGCGGUCAUUAUGUCUGGACCAGAUCAGGAUAUCACCACUGAACCAGGAGCCCCAGACAGAGAUGAAGGACAAGAACCAGCCCCAGCUCCAAACUUUACUGGCAAUCUGCGCCUCCAACAGACACAGGAACAAGUGGAUGAGGUGGUGGAUAUCAUGCGUGCAAAUGUUGAUAAGGUUCUAGACAGGGACAAGAAUCUGUCGGAGUUGGACGACCGGGCUGACGCACUGCACAACGGAGCUAUGCUGUUUGAGAGCAGUGCUGCCAAGCUAAAGAACAAGUUCUGGUGGAAAAACCUCAAGAUGAUGAUCAUCAUGGGUGUUGGUGUCGUCGUCCUGAUGGGCAUUGCUUUCAUGUACUUCUACCACUGAUCUGUAUACAAGCAUGUGGCAAAUUCUAUCAGGGGAGAAAAAAUUGGUGCAAUGUUCAUGAAAGUUCAUACGGCUGUCCAUUUUUCCUAACUGAUGCCUUUUAUCCAAAGAGUUUCCUCUUAACAACAGACAUCACUGAGUGUUAUUUUGAAUGUUUCAUGACAUGUGUGUAUUAUGACUGUUUAUGUCUAUGUUGUAUGUGUCAAACAAGUGCAGUGUUGUGAAAAGAAUUUCCCCUUUGGGGACAAUAAAGUAUAAAGUAAUUAAAGUAGUAAGUAUUAUAUUCAUUAUAAUUCACUCAAACAAAAAUUAAUUACACAUAUAAUCUUGUUCAUUUGGGGAUUUCAGUAUCAACACAAAUUCAAAUAUUAACUCUAUGCUUGAUUGGCCUUUUACACAGCAAAAUCUAAUUUGUUUGGAUGGAAUAUAUGGGUUAAGACACAAAGCCCUGCUGACUAACCUGGAAGUAAUCAAUUUGUUAAGGGACUGUGUUAGUUGUGACACUAGUGUGGUGUGUUUUCACCAAAUAUGGCCAAAUGAAUGUGUUCACCUGUCUAUCACAACCAUGUACUUGUUCAAUGUCUCUUUCCAUACACUGGUUUAAGACCUGGUUUACAGUCCAUGGGGAGGUUUUUCAGAUGUUUGUCAUGGUCAAGGGAAAGCUUUACAGAUCAUGACUGCUUCAGAGUGCUCAUAAACUCAGAGAGAAGGUUCAGUGUUUAACAUUAUGACCUGAAACACACAGCCAAGACAAUACAGUAGUUGCUAAGGGCUUUGCCAGAGCUCAAGAUCGAACCAAACUGAACACAUCUGGAGAGAUGCUCCUCAUUUACGUUGAGAUAGCUUGACAGAUGUUCUUCAGAGAAGACUCUGUGUGGUAAGCUUACAGCAUCAUGGCUAAGAAGACUUAAGUCUGUAGUUGCUACCGAGGAUACUACACCAAAGGGUCUGUUAAGGUUUUGUAUUUAGUUUUAUGAACUUACAAAAAAAUAAAGAACUUUUAUGAACUUAGGGUAAAGAAUAAAGUACUCAUGCUUAUAUCUGUCUUGUUCCAUAAUGAUCAGGGAGCAGGGUUGCUAGUCUUAGUCUCUAAGUUGAGGAGCUUGGACAUUCAGGAAAACCUCACAGAAGAGCCACUGGACCUCCAAACUGAGAGAAACCAGUUGACGUGUUUCAGGCACCUUACACUGAUGGCCCCUGGUUGACUCUCGCUAGAGCUGCAUCAGGCGCAUUGUGCUGAAAGGAGACCCUGAAGGAAACCUACAUUUCUAAGACUUAAACUCAAUCCAAACAGGGAAAGGUAGAAGGAAAUGAAAGAAAAACUAUUUAUAUGUAAAUGUUAAAGCUUGGUAAAGAUUAUUUUACAGCCAAACAUGGCUAAUCAACCUCUAUAACAAUGCCUGAAACAGGUUCAAUCCCUAAACAUCCUAGUUUUUUCACACAAUAAAUAUCAGGGUUUGAUCUGGAUAGUUACUGGAUAGAACUCUGUACAUAUAAACUCUCAAAUGUCCCACAAUACGCUGGCACUUACACAGCUAUCACUUAUGACAAGCAGUUCAUUUCAAAAUGUUUUAAAUUAACUAAUAAAAUGUUGCCAACAGAAUGCAACUCAGAGCAACAAUAAGACUUGUGAUCAAAUGCUGCCAUUUUUAUCUCACUCUUUUUUCUAUGAAGUCUUUUCACUAGUUGGUAUAUUGUGACUGUGUGGAUUUGUGUUCAUUCAGCUACAAGAGCAUCAGUGAGAUCAGACACUGAUGAUGUAAGAGUGAGGAGG